AUGCAGAGAACAAGACAGCCAUGUCGACAGCUCAACAGCGAGGGCAUCAAGAGCACGGCCUUGUGCUAUCUAACGCCGGUAAUAAGUGUAAGGUGUAGUAUUAUCAGCGCUAAAUGUGUUUGUAAAGUAAAGGAUAAGGCCUUACCAAAGGCCUGGACAACAGUUUGUGGAAAGCGAGAUGUGUGCGAUCGUGCAAUAUCAGGUUAGUAUUUUUGCAAUACGCCGGUUUCAGAUGCGAUUUUAAAGAACAUUUUAGUGAAAAAGUCUGACGCAUUUUUAUGUUUCCGAUACUGCAGGUAUCCACAACGUGGCAUUUUUCUUUAGUGCUAUAGCCAGCCAAGAGAAAAAAAAAGGCAGUAUCAAUGAAAACACAGACGAGGAGAGUAGUUCUGAAGAUGAGAUUCCUAGCUCGUUUUCUCAACAAUGGCUCGAAGGCAAUUUAACGAACGUAAACAAAUCACUCUGCCCUGCGAUUGCUUACUGGGUCGCGUUGACGACAGUAAACGGUACGCCCGCCAGCCCAAUUUCUGUUCAUAAAGCCCUGUUGAAUUCAGGACUUGAAGUCACAGCAACACUGGUAAUUAAAUUAUUUUCUUACGUUUUGAUAACCCAAGCAUUCCCUUAGCCGUGGACAAAGUAUUCAGCAUCUCUUGGUUCAUUUAUUUCUUUGCUAACAUUUAAGAUUUUUUCUCUUCUCGGUUGCUUUGAAAGAAAACCUAAGAACAACGACUGUACUUUUUUUCUUUUGACACUGCCAUUAUCAACUUGAAUUUUUUAUUUCGGAAUUAUUUUUGUCGUAACAGAAGUAAUUCUACUGUAAUUUGAACUCAGUUUUCAAUUGUUUCCGUUUUUUUUUCUAAUUGAAAAAGUGCUUGUCCCACGGACAAGUCAUGUCAAAGGUUUACAUGUGCAAACUGAAUUUCUACCUGUCCCGGACAAUCGGACAUAGGUUUUGGUGCACCCAGAAUUCGUUGUUAAUAAUGGUAAUGAUGAUAAUAAUGACAAUAAUAAAAGAUACAAGCGGUCAGUCAGUGAAGAAUGAGGAAACGUAGAACCGUGUUAGGUAAAAUGCUUCAAUUUUAUAUCAUUUAGGUGCAGUUUCAAGAGGGAAAAGAAUCCCCAGCCACAGCAGAACUUUACAAAGUGUUGAAAGAUCACAAAAAUCCUUUUAUGCAAGACCUCGUUAGCUCGUCCUUCAAACACUGUUACCAAGACGAAGCGCGAAAGGUGAUCGGCGAUGAUGGCUUAUGCACCCAGGAGUUGGACGAGUGUGGAACUGAAAAUGUGGUGAGAGUGACCCUGGUAAACCCGAAAUUUCACACGUCCUUACUGAGUGCAGUCGAACAAGACUGGCGUCGAUUCGAUGUUAAUCUGUUUAAACCGAAACUCAGGUCGUGCUGUUGCAGAGUUCGAAGGUGGUCAGUCGAUAGGUACUGCACGCUACUCCUAUUCUAGCUGUCGGCGGAUAAACUUGCAAUCCUCGUUAACGAUAUAGCGAUCGCCAUGGGAAAACUGGGCUAUGCAAGCUACCGGGGCAAAGUCUACAGGAAGAAUGACCAAGCCAGAUACACGUAUUCGUAUAAAUGCGAGCCAAGAGCUUUCGUCAACACCCUCGCCACCAACGAGUUCUUCAAGUCAAGACUUCUUCGCAAGAUGAAGAGAGUGAUCGACCUGUUAUCCAAUCCAUUCUGCGAACUUUUUUCGCCGUUAAUAAUCAACUACGACCUCAUUGAGGUAAAAGAUGGCCGCUGUUGGUCCAUCAGCCCGCGGGACUUUGUUGAAGAUGCCAUUGAGGAGCAACAGGUGGGAAAGAUCUCGCCGAGAGCAUUCUGUUCCUUCGACUCUGCAAGAGAUCCUGAUCCAAAGUACUUUCGAGAAGUCUUAGAGAACAGCCUAAGCCCGCAGGAGGUGGCGAAGUUCUGUGACGAUUUCCUAAAACUGCUUCUCUACAAUAAAAAACAGCACAAAGACAAGGUGCCGUGUUUGGUAGGCGACGCCAACAGUGGAAAGACGAGUUUGUUCAUGCCCAUUCUAGGCCUCAUCCAUCACGGCAAUGUGGCCACGAUGACAAAGCAGAAAGCGUUCAAUAAAUCAAUGAUAACGCCCUUCACUGAAGUGAUAUUCAUCGACGAAGCCACCGAACGCACGCUUGAUAUUGACGAUUGGAAGAUCCUGACUCAGGGUGGGUAUGCCGCCCACGACGUGAAAUAUCAAAGUGCCCGGUCAUUCAUCAACCGCUGCCCCAUGCUGAUCACCUCACAAAGAAAGCUUGAGUUCGGUCCCGCCGAUCAGCCUGCGAUGGAGCGGAGGCUAAGAACCUACACCUUCAGAAGCCUGCCCCGGCCAAAAAAGAAGGCGUCCAACUGGAUGAGAACGCAUCCCAUGGAUUGCGUCCUAUGGGCAGUGCAAAAGGCAGAAGAGGCUGAGAACGAGGACGAAUCGAAUCGGAAGACGAUAGCGACGAGAGGACACAGGAAGAGGAAUCGACCUUUGCCGAAGGUGUGCUGCGCGAAGAAGAGAAGGCAGAGAUUAGGUCAAUGUCACUGCCGGUGCUUUUGGCCAAAGAGAUACCAGCGGUCGACACGUCAGACGAGGAAAAUCCAGAGGACGAGAGCGACGGCGAUUCAGUUUCGUCUUCAUCCUCACAGGCAGAUCGUAUGGCGCAUUUACGAGAUCUCCUUGAGAAGACACAGCCGGGUUGCCUGCGCCAUAGACAGCUCGCGCAGAUGCUGA